AUGGGAGGGAAAAACUCGAAACCCAAGUUGUCCAAAGAAGACCUUGAAUUUCUCAAGAAGAACACAAACUUCACAGAGGAGCAAAUCAAGGAAUGGUACAAAGGAUUUGUGCAAGACUGUCCCAAAGGACAUUUGACGAAAGAGCAGUUUAUUAAAGUCUAUAAGGACUUCUUCCCGUCAGGAUCAGCUGAAGGCUUCUGCGAACACGUUUUCCGUACAUUCGAUACGGAUAACAGUGGUUUCAUCGACUUCAAAGAAUUCUUGCUGGCUAUUAACGUAACCAGCUCAGGUACGCCUGAGCAGAAGCUGGAAUGGGCGUUCCGCAUGUACGAUAUCGACGGCAACGGAACUAUAGAUGAAAAGGAAAUGAUUAAGAUUAUUGAGGCUAUCUAUGAGAUGCUUGGACCCGAGGUAACCAAAUCCGCCGACGAUUCACCGAGAAAGAGGGCUAAGAUGAUCUUCGAGAAGAUGGACGUUAACAACGAUAAAGAAUUGACGUUGAAAGAGUUCGUAGACGGCUGUUUGGCUGAUAAGGAAUUGUUCCAAAUCCUGACCAACGAGGUCAAGAAGUAG